AACAUAUCCUUUCUGGUUUGUUCUUACAAAAUUGCUCUCUCACUUGAACUUGCUAGGUAUAUAUUUUCUUUCCCCCUCGCAGUGAUCGGUUUUAAUUUCCCUGGAAACAUUCUCAAAAGAAUCACAGCAGAAUCAAAACCAUAUGAAGAAAAAUCAAUGAGCUUUGCUUAGGAGUAUGUGAAAGUAACAAAUUUUCCUCAAUGGCAAGGAAGAAGUGCUUAUUCAAUCUACUUAAGAGGCUCUUCCUCUCAGACACACGUUCAAAAUCACUGAAGGAUAAAAGAAGGAGAUGGGUGUUCCAAAAGCUCAAGAUCAUUAAAUCCGCGCCACUUUCCAAUUCCGCCCCACCACCACCAUCAUCAUCAUCAUCAUCACUGGCACCGCCAUCUCCACACCCGUCGCCAUCAAGAGAAAGAGCAGUAAGAGAAGCAGAGGAAGAGCAGAGCACUGCUCAGAUUGCUACUGAAGUUGUUUGUCAUUUCCAUCAAUGUGAACAAGAACAGCAACAAUUCUCUGUCAUUAAUCUUCAAGGAAAUGCUUCUCUAUUGAGUAAUCAAUGUGAGAGAGUGAUCCGAGAUCUAGCUGCGAUCAAAAUUCAAUCCGCCUAUCGGGGUUAUCUUGCAAGAAAAGCUUUGAGGGCAUUGAAGGGACUGGUGAGGCUUCAAGCUAUUAUACGAGGGCGAGCCGUUAGACGCCAUGCUAUCUCUACUCUCAAGUGCUUGCAGUCCAUUGUUAACAUCCAGUCACAGGUCUGUGCAAGAAGAUUUCAAAAGGUGGAGGAUACUUUGCAUUGCCAUGAAAACAAAGAAUUGCAGGAUUUCAGAGACAAGGACAUAAAGAUUGAUUCAAACAGUCAGAGAAGGUGGGAUGACAGCACUCUCUCAAAGGAAGAAGAAAAUGCUCUGUUUUUAAGCAAGAGAGAGGCUGUUCUCAAGAGAGAGAGGAUAAAUGAGUACUUGUUUAGACAUCGGAGAUCAACAGAAUCAGAACAGACUAAAGUUGAUGAAAGAUGGAAAAACUGGCUAGAACAAUGGGUGGAAAGCCAGUUCACCAAGAAAGAAGACAUGGAAAACUUGGGCACAGUUUUCCCUUCAAAUGCCAGAACCACAGAGGAAUUUGGAGGAAGACAACUAAAACUGAGAAACAUUCAGAAACAAUAUCAAAUGGCAGUAAUGGAUUCUCCAAAACAAAUUCCCAGAAGAUCAUUUCAUCACAGAAAACAGUGUUUCUUUGUGGACGACAAUUGGAACACAGGAUCUUCUCCUAUUCCAACUUACAUGGCUGCCACUGAAUCUGCCAAGGCCAAAGCCAGAUCAUUGAGUUCACCAAGGGUAAGAGGACCAAUUAGUAUCGAUUCUCCUUAUAAGCAUAAGCUCUCUCCUAUAUCCUCCAUUAACAGUGAGGUGACUAGCAGCAGUAAGAUUGGCUAUCCGAGUGGCGGUUUCUCUCAGAAAUCUCCAUGCUUGAAGGGUCAUCCAAGUCCUGUAAAAUCAAAGAGGAUUUCCAAGGAUCUCAGCUUGGAUUCAGACUGCUCAUUGCCAAAUUGGGAUCGUCUUGGAGUCUCUAGAUCAGGCCGUAGGAAUAAUUUGUUAUAGUUAAGUUGGUUUUGAGUGCAUAAGACUAAUGCUACAAUCAAUUUGUAUGGAAAAUGAUAUGGGAUGAGAUAGAUUUUAAUCUGUUUUCUUGUGUUGUAUGAAAAAUAGAUUGUUU